AUGGCAGCUCGGCGGCUGCUGAAGGCACAGGCGGGCUCCAGGCCCGCCAAGUCCUCCCAGGCCGGGCCCAACCCCGAAGGGUGUGUAUCCACUGAGGCUGAGGCAGGCCUCCCCCUGUGGCCCUGCAGGGAAACCCCCCAGCUGGACGCCGUGCUGAGCCGCCUGUCCCAGGCUGUGCUGCAGGAGGGCCACCGCCUGAAGGCCUGGGGCGUCCUGGGCACCGGCACUGGGGCAGAGCUGCUGCGGCCAGCCUCAGCAGGCCCUCAAGGGGGCGCCGACGACAUCCGUGUGAAUCCAGUCACCAAGCUGAUGGUCCCCGGCCCCAACUGUGCAAUGCUUCCGGCCAGUGGCCAUGCAGGGUCCAUACCUCCUGGCUACUUCGUCCACCCUGACACCGGGAGGGUGCUGCCUGAAGCUGGAAACCUGGGGUACGAUCUGCAGGGAGCUACCCUGGUGCCCACCACUGACUUCGGUUCCGGUGGCGUCCGAACGUCAGAGGCUGCCGUCCUCCCCUAUGUGCCCUACCCGACCUGCCCCACCACAGGCUCCCCUCCAACCGCCCGCCUGCCCGUCCUGCAGCCACGAAGGACGUCACAGAUGGGGGCUGUCAUGACAGACCCUGCAACUGGCAUCGAGGUGCCCGUGCUGGCUGUGACCCUGCACCCUCAGACGAGGCAGUGGCUCGCUCUUGGGGGCACAUACUGCAACCCUCUCACCAGGACCUUGGCCCCUCUAGAGCUGGGGGGCCCCAUGGAGGAUCCAGUCACUGGAGGCAUCUCGCCAAUCCUGGGAGUCGGGUUGGAUGAAGACACAGGUCAGGUGCUUGCCCUGGGCGGGCUGCGAGACGCCUCGGGGAACCUUAUGCUGCCUGGCGACAGCUUCGAGGAGCCACUGAGCAGGAAGACAGUCCGGCUCCAGGGAGCUGCGCGACAGGAGGGCAGGACAGUGCCCCACACGGGAGGAUCACAGGCCCUGCUGGAUGCCAACGUGCUGGUGGCCCAGAGGCGAGUGCUUGCUGUGCUGCGCAGCUACCAGGAGAGGCCAGGGUCAAGGAUGCAGGGGCCUCUGGAGGCUGCCAUCAAGGACAUGAGACAGGCACUGGCCUUGAGUCUGCACCAUGUCCUGCAGCAGGCUCGGAGACUAGAGCGGCAGCUGGAGACAGCAGGUGGCAUCGCGGCCGGCGGAGGAAGGCUAGGAACGAUGUGCUAUCCAGGGACAGAGCUGUGGGUCCCAGCCCUCUAUGGGAUGGAGAUCCCAGACCCUGAGGGCUCGGGGCUCAUGGUGCCCAUCCUGGGCAUGGAGACUGAUAGGAAUUCUGGUGACCCCACACCCCUGGCGGGUUCGAUGGAAGAUGCGGAUGGCAAAGGUCUUGUCCCAAUCUCGAUUGGGGCUCAAGCCAUAGACCCCUUGACUGGGGAACCUGGUCCUGUCAUUGGUGCUCAGACAGAUCCCUGUUCCGGAGUGGUGGUGCCCAUUGUCCAGAUGCUGGAGGCCCUACCUCGGGGAGUGAGUGACCCCAGGCUGCUGGACGCCCUGGAGAAGGAGCUGAGAGCCCGGGAGCAGUACUGGCACCGCCGGGAGCAAGAAGAGGUGCGUCUAGCGGAACACCUGGGGCACCUGAGCCAGGAGCUCCUCUCCGUUCCGGGCAAAGAUGCCCAGCGACAGGUGAGGCCCAGAGGUGCCACUUCAUGGUCCCCACACAGACCUUUACCCAGACGACGACACAGGUUUCUUUUGUAAGUGUGGAGCCUUUGUCACG